UAGCCUUAUAAAAUGAGCAGUAUAAGAAUAAAUGCUAGUUGAGAGAGAGUGAAGAGAUGAUUUUGAUUUUCAAAGUAUUAUCACAUUUUCUAAAUGAGUGCUACUGAGUAUAAUUCUCUGAUAAUAGGUGAAGUAAUGUCAGUGAAUAGAAUAUAAAUAAUUUUUUCACCAGUAAUAGGAUAAAAGAGAAAAGAAGAUGACAUCACCAGUAUCUGAAGACUCCAAGCUAACCGAGAUAAAAAUAGAGAAAGAGGAAAGCAAGUAUCCGUACUUUAACAGAGAAGAAAGUGGUCGCAAGCAUAAUUUCUGUGGUGUUUGUAAAAAAGAUGGAGCACUUAUAUAUUGUAAAAACUGUUCAGCUUCUUAUCAUCUGCAGUGCCACAUUCCUGCAGCAGAUCCGACAGAUGUUUUCAAUCAGCAAUGGCUGUGUUAUGUCUGUCACGAGUUUAAGAGAAAUUUUUUAGAUGGCAAAGUCAAUAGAAAAGGCAAGAAAAGAUCUGCUCUGGAAAUAUUAGCAUUUGCAGCUUCUUUGGUAAAUCCAAGAGAGUUUGAAUUACCCAAGGAGUUACAAUCAUUAUCUAUAAUGUAUUCUGAAAGUAAUAAUGUGGAUUAUGUUUCUGAUAGAAAAGUUGAAAAAGAUCACUGCUUGGAUAGUGAUUUGACGGUACCAUUGCCAGUUCGUAUGUGUUUUCAAUGCGGACGUAGCUGUAGGAAAGCUCCAUUAAUCGCAUGUGAUUAUUGUCCAUUAUACUUUCACCAGGAUUGCUUGGAUCCUCCGCUAAUUGCUUUUCCUAUUGGUAGAUGGGUGUGUCCCAAUCACCCGAAUCAUCUUGUAGAUCAAGAUUUGUUGACUUCUUGUAAGAUAAGAAAUCGCAUAAAGCUCUGGGAUAGAUAUGGCAAUCAGUCAAUAGAUCAACAUGCAAUAAAAUUGGACUUUGUACAUAAAUACACUGUCAAUUCAUUAAUUCGUACAAAGGUGAGAUUGGAAGGUCGCCCAAGAAUAAAAGUUCCUAGCAGUAUAAAGUUCCAUUACAAGAAUCGAUCAUCAUUAGAUUCUUUACGUUUUUGUCAAAAUAGUUUUAUAUGGCCUAUGAAGAAUGUUGGAAGCGACGAUGAGCAACACACAGACUGUGAAGAAACAGACAAUAGUAAAAUAGAUAAUUGUAUAGAAAAUAAACAAAUUGAAAGAAUUAAUGAAGUAAAGAAAGAAAGAAAGGAAUGCGAUGCGAUUACGAAUGAAGAAAAUCAUCAACAAAAAGCACCAGAUGUGGAUGAAUAUACAAGUAAAGUGGAAAGCAAAAUUGCGACAGAUAAUUCAAAAGAAUGUAAUAAUCUUGAAUUUCAUAUAGGAUAUUGCGAUCAUAAUGUUAAAGAAGGCAUCGAAUUGUUGGAAAGACCGGUGUUGGAGGCAUUAGCGCAACAGAGAUUACAGCAAAUAUUAAAUCCACAUGGGGACAAUUACGAAAUGAUAAAUUGUCGUAAAAGAGCUAGUGCUGCAUUAUUCUCCUUAAACCCUAAGCCUAAUCCGCCAGCUUUCAUGACUCGUAGAACAUUUGUUAUUGGUAAUGGCUCAGAUUGUGACUUAGUUUUAUCAAAUUACGGUAGCUGUAAAUUCACAUCCUCUAAACAUGCAAUUAUAUUUUUUGACGAGGCGACAAAAUGUUACGAAUUACUCAAUUACAGCGAAUAUGGAACAGUGGUGGACAAUGUGCUAUAUUCUUGUGAUUAUAUGUCAGACGAAGAGGAAAAGACUGAUAAAAGCACAAAAAAGGAAAAGACUUCCAAAAUGAUAAAAACUAUUCUACAUAAAAACGAAAUAGUUUCUUUGCAAGAAUAUGCAUACACACAUAAGAGUGACAAGAUUCUAUGUAAAUGCAGUAUAAAAUGUAAUGCAAGAGUGAGUAAACACUUGGAGGAAGGAUGGAAAGGAAGCGCAAUUAUCGCGCAUGGCUCAAUCCUUACUUUCGGAUGUCUUAUGUUUGUAUUUAACACGAUGGAUGUAUUUAUAAAUGGAUGAAACUUGAUAUUCAUCAAAUAUUUUACAUUGUACAGUUUUGUGUAGGGCAGUAAUAUACAAAAGUAUGUCUUACAAA